AUGAGUUUGUCUAAACCAGACAAUUUGCUCGAGGAUCAAACAAGUUCACCAGACGAUUUGCCGAAGGAUCAGUCGAGUUCACCAGAAGAUUUGCCUGAGGGUCAGUGUAGUUCACCUAACAAUUUGAUUGAGGAAAAAAUAUUUGAUUGGAAUAAAUAUCUUACUGCAAGAAAUGCAGAAGAGGUGCCUGAAGAUUUUUUUUAUCAUAUUUGUAAGAGUGAACUGAAUGGAAUAGAAAUUGGUUCAGUCGUCGAGAUUGAAAAUGAAGAUCAAAGUGGAUAUUGGUUUGCUAGUGUAUGUUCAUCAAAGGGCGUUUUAUUGAACUUGCGUUAUUUUAGUGAUGAUAACGAUCAACACACUUUUUGGUUAGAAGUAAAAUCACCACGCAUUCAUUCUUUAAACUGGGGAAGCGAAAAUAAUAAAAACCUGAUACCUCCUUAUCCUGGAAGAUUUUCACGUUACAAACCAGAAGUUAUUAUAGAAAAAGUUCAUGAUUCUGAACAUGUUGUAUCAAAUGCAGUGUUACAAAUGGGAGGUGCACCAAUUCAUAAUGUAUUCAAAUGUGACAUGUUUGUAGAAGUUCAAGAUAGAGAAUACCCUUAUCGUGUUUGGAUUUCAAAAGUGCUUAAAAAUGUGGGAGGAAGGUUAUUUUUACAAAUGCAAGGAAUAAAUAGCCCUGAAAAGAAACCAUUUUGGUUAUUUUAUUUAAAUGAACGUGUUUUUCCAUUAGGAUGGGCAGAACAAAAAGGCCUUCCAUGGAGAGUAAUGAAUUUAGAUGCUAGCUUAGAAAAUUCUAUCGAUUCUAGUGCAUUACUGAAUGUGUUAAAGCCAAAGACACCAAAACAACACAGUUAUAAAGUUGGAGAAAUGUUGGAAGUAAUAAAUCCUUAUUCAUUGAUGGUAUUUUAUGUUGGUAAAAUUGUUAAGAUCUUUGAUAAUCGUUAUUUUAAAGUUGAAGUGGAUAAUGAAAUUGAUGAAGAUAAACGUAUCAGUUUUGUGGCUACUAAAGAAAAUCCUAAUUUAUUUCAAGCAGGUUGGGCAAGCAAACACAAAUUUUUGCUAAAACCUCCGACUGAUUGGAAUAAACCAGAAAAAUUUUCUUGGUCAAAAUAUUUGAUAAGAAAGGAUGCAAAAUUUGCUUCUGUAGAUAAUUCAUGUAGAAAAAAGAUUAAUAAUGUUCAUAUAGGUAUGAAACUAGAAGCGGUUGAUCCUUUGAAUACUGAUUGUAUUCGUGUGGCUACAGUUAAAGGAUUUGCUGAUCAUUGGAUGUUUUUAUCUUUUGAUCGUACUAGUUGUUGUCAAGAAUUACUACAUUUACGUUCAGUUUAUUCAGAUGAAGUUUUUCCAGUUGGUUGGUGUAAUAAACACAAAUAUUCUUUGGGUGCCCCAAAGCUUCCAUACAAUGACUCUAAUGAUUUUGAACAUUGUUAUUAUUCAUCGGAUGUUGAUAUUGAUUUAAGUCAAUCAGACCAAGACUCAUCGACAAAAUAUCCUUGUUAUUUAAAAGGAGAAAUCUUUUAUCACUUUAGCAAAAAAGACAAAAUAAGUUUUGAUGAUGGUUUUGAAGAAAUAGAAAAUGAUAAUAUUAAACCUGAAGAUUCUCAUUCUGUUAAUAAUGUACCUAUAGUUUCAGAAAUAGAGAUUAAAAAAGAUAGUGAUGAUGAAUAUGAUAAUGAUCCAAAUUUGGAUGUUAAAGACGAGCCUGAUUCAGAUGAAGAAUUUCAUGAUGCAUUAUUUUUGAAUGUAAAGGAUAUUAAACCAGAAGAAGUUGAUAUUAAACCAGAAGAAGUUGUUAUUAAACCAGAAGAAGUUGAUAUUAAACCAGAAGAAGUUGAUAUUAAACCAGAAGAAGUUGAUAUUAAACCAGAAGAAGUUGAUAUUAAACCAGAAGAAGUUGAUAUUAAACCAGAAGAAGUUGAUAUUAAACCAGAAGAAGUUGAUAUUAAACCAGAAGAAGUUGAUAUUAAACCUGAAGAAGUUGAUAUUAUACCAGAAGAAAUUGAUUAUAAACCAACAAAAAGGAAAAAUGCAACAGAGGUUAAUCUAAAAAAAAAUAAAAAAGUUCAUCAUGUUGAAAAAUCCAUAGAUAAUGUGGUUAGAAAUACUACAAAACUGUUUUCUAAAAAUAGCUACCAAAUGUGUAUUUACUUUAACAAAGAUUGUUAUCCUGGUGGUCAUGUAGUCAAAAAGAAAAUUCCUAGCUUACCAUUUUGUAUUGGUCCCGGUCCCGUAUCCUCAGUAUUACGGGACGCAAUAACCGCAUUUGUUGAUUUAGAUUAUUUUCCUUGGAAUGCAUUAAAAAAAAUAAAAAAAAUUCAAAAUAUGUUAUUCAAUGGACCUGGUGGUGUUGAAAUGUGGAUUACCACCACUGCAACAAAAACUCGUAGUAGUUCCACCGAAUCUCUUCUUCUUCCUGAAUCUAAGAAGAUGGCUAGACUAUAUUGUUCUGCUCUUUGUAAUCUAUCUGGCAUGUGUGAUUUCUUUAUGACUACUGAAGAAAAAGAGUGUCCUCGUUGUAAUAAGACAAAAAGUAAAGAUAAAGUACAGCCGUCAAAACCUAAAAUGCCGUUAAAACCUAAAAUGGAUACUCUGCCCAAUCGUAUGAAAUCAAAAAUAAAAUAUCAUCGAUUACACGAUGCUCAAACAUCUAAAAAAGUUGUACGCCGUAAUAUAACUCAUUCAGAAAUUUCUAGAGUUGGUAAAAAAGUAUUAGAAUGGUCAAAUAAAUCUUUAGUUUCAAGAUAUAAACAUUAUAUGGGGAGUAUAUUGGAUUUAGAUGCACACAUAUUUCGAUUAAAUCAGAGUCCUACUGAACUGGAAAAAUCUCUUAUAACUGAAAUUAUAUCAAAAAAAAAUAUACUUAAGAAGAUGGAUAAAAUGGAAGUUUACAGCAAUACUAAAUCUGGACUUGAAACCCCUGAAGAAAAACAAUUUGUUGUUUUAGACAAUUGGAAAUCAACUUUUGAAAACUAUUAUCGUCAAAAUCCAAGAUUUAAGAAAUAUAAAAUUGAUAUAGGACAAUUAGAACAUAUUAAGGUCACGUCAAAUCCAAAACAUUGGUCUCCUGAGGAUGUUUAUAGGUAUUUGAGAAAGGAUUUGUUUUGUAAAGAUGUUGGACUGAAACUAUAUGCUGGGGAAGUUGAUGGUGUAGCGUUUAUGCUAUUGAAUGAAGAACAACUUUUACUGCGAUUACGAUGUACAAUCAAUUUAGCAAUAAGAGUUCUGUGUCAUGUAGCUGAAGUUAAAUACGUUUGUUUAACAAAAUAUUGUAAUGUGAAUGUGAGUAUUUAA